AUGUCAUACCGUGGCCCAAACCAGUUCAACAACAACUUCAACAAUAAUUUCAACAACAAUUUCGGCGGUCCCAGCUACGGCGCCCAAUAUGGAGGUGGACAGCUGCCGCAAACAUCCGGAAUCGGCCCCGUGCUGACUCUGAAAGGCGCCUUUGAGCAAUUUGAGGCCGUGUCGCUGAAGGUGGAAAACAUCUUGGACAACUACUUCUCGCCCAUCAAGCCAUACUUGCCUGCCGUGGGUCGUUUGUUCAUCGUGGCUACGUUCUACGAGGAUGCGCUUAGAAUCUUCACCCAGUGGUCGGAGCAGGUUUACUACUUAAAUGUGUACCGCAAACACUGGAGAUGGGUCACCGUUUCUUUCUUGUUCAUCAACAUCGUCUUUAUGCUCAGUGCCUCCACAUCGUUGGUGAUUCGUAAGUUGCCCACCUUCGCUACCGCUGCGUUGUGUAGCGUGGUGUUCUUCCAAGGUGUGUUUUACGGGUUGAUCUUAGAUAGUCUGUUUCUUUUGCGUAAUUUGUCUGUGGUCGGUGGUUUAAUUUUGGCCUACUCCGAUACUUUGGUUAGAGACAAGAGGUCGCUCUCCAUGCCUGGGUUGCCAAUGCUCAACAAUCAGGACAACAAGAAAUACUUCUUGUUGGCUGGCCGUUUGCUUUUGAUUUUCUUGUUUUUGGGCUUUGUCUUCUCUUCCGAUUGGUCUUUCGGUAGAGUGAUGAUCAUUCUCUUUGGCUUGGUAGCCUGUGCGUCCAUUGUUGUGGGCUACAAGACCAAGUUUUCUGCAUGUGUGUUGACCGUGUUGUUGUUUACGUACAACCUUGUGGCCAACCAGUUCUGGAACUACCUGUCCUUCAACUCCAACAGAGACUUCUUGAAGUACGAGUUCUUCCAAACGUUGUCAAUUGUUGGAGGUCUUGUCCUUAUAGUCAAUGCCGGUGCUGGCGAGUUUUCGAUUGACGAAAAGAAGAAGAUUUAUUAA